GAGGACGCCGGGAGCGGACGGGGCGCAGGCCGGAGAGCGGGGAGGAUGAGGUUGCGGCUACGCUCGGGGGCCUUGGCCACCGGCUGCCUGUUGGCCGAGGCGCUGGGGGUCGCGCUGUUCCUCCGCGGCUUCUUCCCGCUGCCCGUCCGGUCCCUGCCGCGCGGGGAGGCACGCGCAGAGCCUCCCGCCGAGCCGGCCCCGCCCGGCCCAGGAAUAGUUUCCAACUGGACCAAAAUUCCACCACCACUUUUCAAAAAAGUUGUCAUUGUCCUGAUAGAUGCUUUGAGAGAUGAUUUUGUCUUUGGAUCCAAAGGUAAACAGUUCAUGCCUUACACUACACAAGUUAUUGAAAAAGGGACAUCCUACAGUUUCAUUGCUGAAGCAAAGCCACCCACUGUGACUAUGCCUCGAAUUAAGGCUUUGAUGACGGGUAGCAUUCCUGGUUUCAUUGAUGUUGUUGUGAACCUCAACUCUCCAGCUCUAAUGAGUGACAAUCUAAUAUGGCAGGCAAAAGCAGCUGGGAAAAGAAUAAUCUUUUAUGGUGAUGAUACUUGGGUAAAAUUGUUUCCAAAGCAUUUUGUGGAAUAUGAUGGAACAACGUCCUUUUUUGUGUCAGAUUUUACAGAGGUUGAUGAUAAUGUUACUAGACAUUUGGAUAGAGUGUUGAAGAGAGAAGACUGGGAUCUCUUAAUAUUACAUUACCUCGGAUUGGACCAUAUUGGACAUAUGACUGGGCCAAACAGCCCACUAGUGGGACCAAAACUUCGUGAAAUGGACAAUGUCUUGAAGAAGAUUCAUAUUUCUCUUCUGUCAAAGGAAGGAGAGGCUUCUCUGCCCAGUUUGCUGGUUGUUUGUGGGGAUCACGGGAUGUCUGAAACAGGCAGUCACGGCGGUUCUUCAGAGGGUGAAGUGCACACACCGCUGCUAUUUAUCAGCUCUGCUUUUGAAAAGAGAAGUGGUCCUCUAACCCAACUUGAACUUGUGCAACAAACUGAUUUGGCUAGUACACUGGCAGUAGGUCUUGGUCUACCAAUUUCAAGAAACAAUGUUGGGAACAUUAUAUUACCAGUUGUGGGAAGCAAGACCAUGAGAGAACAACUACGUUUCUUGCACAUGAAUGGGUUCCAGCUUAGCACACUGUUGCAAGAGAAUACACCUGCCUAUGAAAAAGAUCUUGGAUACGAGCAGUUUAAGAUAGCAGAAAAAUCCCAUGGUAAUUGGAUCAAACUGUACCUAGAGGGGAAUAAUUCAGAAAUACUCUUAAAUCUUGGCAAAAAGGUCCUGAAACAAUACUUGGAGGCCUUGAGGACGUUGAGUUCUUCGCUAAGCAAACAAGUGGCACAAUAUGAUAUGUAUUCAAUGAUGGUGGGGACUGUGAUCAUUAUGGAGGUUUUGCUCCUACUCUUUCUCAGUGUACCAAAAGCUCUGAGCAGUCGGGCAGAAUUUGAAGUGCCCCUCUCCCCUCCGCUCUUCUCUCUGCUGUUUUACUUGAUGUGUCUGAUGCUGUGUGCAGUUCACGUCAUUGUAUGCACAUCAGCAGAAAGUUUAUGCUAUUUCUGCAGUAUGUCCUGGUUAACUGCAGUUGGAGUGAUGAUGCUGAUUUCUGCACUCAUGUGCGGUAUUUUAUCUGCCGUUGGAAAGACUCUUGAGAAUUCCAGACUUCCACUGAAGAAUCUUGGUGCAUCCAGUUCCAGCUGGUCUGAAGUAGAUGUGCUGAUCCUGGCUGGAACAAUUGGUCAUGUUUUGAGUUUGGGAGCAAGCAGUUUUAUUGAAGAAGAACAUCAAACUUGGUAUUUUCUUAUCAAUACCCUAUGUUUGGCUCUGUGUCAGGAACUCUGUAGAAAUCAUUUUCUUCUGAAAGAAUGUGACCUUCAGCUUGGCACCACUAUGAAACAAAACUUUGACAGUAUUGGAGCAGCCCCAGAAUGCAAGAAUAUAGAUGUACAAGCAGCAAGUAAUUCAAAACUAGGCAAGGCUGCAUCUUCAGCUGAAUCUGUAAAAGGAUCAGAUAAGUGGAUAAGCUUAGCAAGUCCAUGGAUCAUUCUUAUUUGCUGUCGACUCCUUCGAUCCUUGAAUCAGACAGGGGUCCAGUGGGCUCAUCGGCCAGACUUUGGGCACUGGUUGACAAGUUCUGAGCAUAAGUCUGAACUCUCCGUCUUGGCUGCAGUUUCCCUACUUAUGAUCUUUGUUCUGGUUCAAAGAAGAUGCUCACUGGUUUCAAAAAUUGCUAUGGCACUUGGGCUCCUGGGAGUCUACAGUUACCGGGCAGCCAUUGGAAAUGUCGUAUUUCCAUGGCAACAUGACAGCAAAGAUAUUUCAAAGGGGAUUACUGAAGCUCGUUUUGUUUAUGUCUUUGUUCUUGGAAUAGUCUUCACUGGCACUAAAGAUUUGCUGAAGUCACAGGUUAUUUCUGCAGACUCCCAUAUGAAGAGUACAGGACUAUGGGAAGUGUAUAGUGGAUUAGUUCUACUGUCAGCCCUUCUAUUUAGACCACACAAUUUACCAGUCUUGGUAUUUUGUCUGUUGAUACAGACAAUGAUGACAAAAUACAUCUGGAGACCGUUGAAAUUUGAUGCAGCACAGAUCACCAUAAUGCAUUACUGGUUUGGCCAGGCUUUCUUCUAUUUUCAGGGAAAUUCAAAUGGCAUUGCUACUGUGGAUGUUUCAGCAGGCUUUGUGGGACUAGAAAGCUACGUGGAGAUACCAGCAAUCUUCCUUACAGCAUUUGCAACAUAUGCAGGACCUUUGCUUUGGGCCAUUCAUCUUCUGUGCUACUUGAGUUCUGAAGUCAGCAGCUCUCCUUGCUUGGCAUAGUGGCAUGCAACUCUAUACUGAUCAAGCAAUUUUAUUUAUUGUAUGUUACUGAUUAUUGCUGUCAUUUGUAGCUGAAAUAUUUGUACUUUUGGAUAUUUUGUAUAGCAGAGGCAUUAAGGAAUGCAAAAUAAAUUAAUGCAUUUGGAAUUUCAAGAAGACGUCGUUGGAAAUUGUUAUGCAUCUUAGUGUGCAUCUUAGUGUGCAACUGGACUCUCUACUAUUACAUUCAACUCAUCCUCUUGGUCACUCGAGAGGUGCAGUAUGUUAACAGGAGUGGCUGUAAGUUCAGUACCCUAUCACAUUAUUCUACAAAUACAAAAACAUGAUGUAUUUUCACUGGAAUACCAUUUGACAGAGACCAAGUUCUUACCAUUCCGGAACUUUCAUCAGCUACGUAUCUUUUCUUUAUUAAUCUUUGGAAUUUAAAUUUAUGCUUUUUUUCUUUCUAAUUUAGAAACCAAACAUUGGAGCAGGACUAGCAAAUGGGAUUUUAGGCAGUAUUUGUUUAUGACAGUUCUUUGCCUUAUGCAUAGUCAUUCUGUAAACAUAUCUGACUUCCCUUCAUCUGCAUUGCUGUCCAGUCUCAUCUUGUUUGUGCUUUUUGUUAUCUGGCUUCUCUUCUCCUUUUACUUGUUUGCUUUGGCUAUAUGUACACUGUGAACUCUCAUGUUGGCACACAUGCCUUCAUUAUAUGUGUAAUGAAAUGGGAUCCUCAACUCACACAGCUGCAUACAGCUGUGCAGGCCUUUGUGCCAGAAAUGACCUAUUCUUGUGGCCUAAAUUCCUGCACUGUGUGUGUUGUUGUGUAUUAACAAACACCUUUUAUGGACAGGGACACACCUUACUCACUGGUCUGCCUAUGUACCAUACUGCUCUUCAAAGACAGCUCUCUGUACUUUGUCUUGGUGGAACUGCACAUGCCAGUGCUGGAUCUGUAUUCUGCCAGUAAUGCACUUGCUUAGUAGAAACUUAAUGACCUUUUAGAUUCAGGCUUUUUUCCCUGAAGUCAUCCUUGAUCUUAUGUUGGCUGAUAUUGUCUAAAUACUGGUGUUUAUGUAUAGUACAUCUGAAAUCCAGUCUUUUCUUUGUUCAUUCUGGUAUUUUUUUGGCUUAAGUACAUGUGUAUACAGUAUCCAUUGAUGCCUGGGUUUGUGUAACCACCAUGCUCCCCUCUUGACUUCUCCCUACCAUCUGAUGUCUUGAUACGAAACCCAACAUUAACUCCCUGUUUCUAACACUCUUUUUUUGUACUGAGUUUUAUUCUAGCACUCUUUUGUUAUUGCUGUGAUCCAUCAGUAUAUCUUCCCCUUACUCAGGCUCUUCAAGCAUUCAACUUCCAUUCAACUUCCAUUCUUUAUACUCUCUUUAAAAACAGAAUUGCCAUGUACAUACAAAAAUCCCUGCCUCUUGUCUUCUAGUAAAUGUGUGACUCAUGACCUUGACUAUUACUUAUGCUCUAUUAAUCUACUGGUUGUUUUUUUUUUCUCUAAUUCCUUUACAUCUCUGUUCAGCUAUACCGUGCUGUGUUUGAAGUGAUUCGUCUGUUCAUGUCCACGUUGCACUGUUUUUUGGAUUUUUUUGUUCCACUCUGUUCUUCAUUACUACACUGUAGCACCUACUGUAGCUUUGGAGCAAGAAAUUUUCUCUGAGUAUAGAGGAGCAAGCAGCCUCAUAGCUGUUGUGUGAGGAGGGAGAAUAAAAGAAUGUGUUCAAAGAGUUGAAGUUUUAAUGUUGUUUAGACUCCAGAUGGCAGACUGAUCAGCACUAACAUAAAAUUAAGAAAAAAAUGAUAUCACAUGGCAUGCUGUUUGAAAGCACUUCUAACAAAUUAAUGAAAAACUUUCUGUAACAAAAUCUUUGAAGAUCUUUACAUGGUUAGUAUUUUUUCAAAUAAUGUACCUCCAUAGUAGUGUGG